UCUGGAGUUUCAUAGUGAGCCCAGGAUAUGGAUCACAUUUUACUGAAUCAGUGAAAAUGAAAAAGGAAGGUGAGAUACUGGAUGGAGCCUCUGGCUGCUGCGUUCCAAAAUACAGGGUGACAGAUGCUUCAGAAAACUGCUGUUUGUUUACCGCUGGUUCUGCCAACCAACUCAAGAAGGGACCGAUCUAUUCUUUCAUUAAUCAAACGCAGCAUUAUCUUGAACUAAUUAUUCUUCUCCACAUGGCCUUUCUUCUGGUGUCAGCUUAUUUUCUGCUGACUCAUACUCAGGGUGCUCCUGUAGAGAAUGGGGCACUGUUAGAAACACUGAAGUCACAGGUAGGAUUAUUCAGCAAUAAAAGUGAACACUAUUCAGCACAGGUGAGACCUCCUGGCACAAGCCGACGAAUACCUCAGACAAUUAUCAUUGGAGUUCGUAAAGGAGGGACAAGGGCUUUGCUGGAAAUGUUGGAUAUUCAUCCUAAUAUUGUUGUAGCAGCUACAGAAGUCCACUUUUUUGACUGGGAUGAAAAUUAUGUGAAAGGAAUAGACUGGUAUAGGAGUUUGAUGCCAUUUUCAUAUGGAAAUCAAAUUACUAUUGAGAAAACACCAGGCUAUUUUACAUCACCACAGGCUCCAGAAAGAAUUCAUGACAUGAAUAGCUCCAUUAAGCUGCUGCUCAUUCUGAGAGAUCCCACUGAGAGAGUUAUAUCUGACUAUACCCAAGUAUAUUACAACAGAGUAGAAAGUCACAAGCCUGUUCAGCUUUUUGAAGAUAUUGUUAUUAAGAAUGGAGCACUUAAUACCAAAUACAAAGCUAUUCAGAGAAGUUUAUAUGAUGUUCAUAUGGAAAAGUGGCUUAAACAUUUCAGUUUGGAUCAGAUUCAUAUAGUGGAUGGCAAUACUUUAAUCAAGGACCCUCUUCCUGAAUUACAAAAAGUUGAGAGAUUUCUGAAUCUUCCCUCCCGAAUUAUGUCUUCUAAUUUUUAUUUUAACCAAACUAAGGGAUUCUAUUGCAUUCGAAGUGAUGGAAGAGAAAGAUGUUUACAUGAAUCCAAAGGGCGACCCCAUCCUCUUGUUAACAACACUGUUUUAGAACAACUUUAUUCUUACUUCAGAGAGCACAAUGCAAAAUUUUACAAAAUGGUUAAUCAUUCUUUUGACUGGCAUUAAUGCAUUUGCAAUCAAUGCUUCUUUAAAAGGGCCUGAAAACGAACUCUUUCAAGCAUAUCUUUGUAACAUGUAGAGAUUCAUAUUAUGAGAACUUAACAUACUGGCUAUAUAGAAGCAGUGAUGUGUUUGCUUCACUGGAACAAGACAUCUGUCAACUCAUUAAAAUGUUGGGAAAAAUGCUUCACAUAUUUGUAUGGUUACUCUGGAUCAUAUUCUACUCUUCUUUUUCCCAUCAUGCAAAUCAUUCCCAUCAGAAU